GUGUUGGUAGAAGAGACGAAAAUAAUUUUCGCAUCUUUGCGAAACAAGAAAAUAUUUAAGAAUUCGUGGUCCAAUCAUAAGUUUCUGAUGAAAAUAUUAUACUUACUUAAUGACUAAUAACAUAAGUAUUUAUUAAAACAUAAAGUUGAAGUGAAUUAAGUUGUUUAAAAUGCAUUUUCCGUACAUGAAAGUUCUUGUUUACGUUUUAACAUUUGUUGGAUAUUGUUAUUCUGGUUACGGCAGCUCAAUACUCUCAUCGUUAAGAGAUGCAGUUCUUAGUGCUGAAAUAAUAUUUGGAGACGUUUUCAAGAAUGUCAUCUCAGUCUCAAAGAAGUUUAAAACAGUCCACGAAAUCUUCGAUUCAGCUGUCGAAGAGAAUUGCGUUUAUGAGUGCCCUGAAAAACAACGUCCAAUUAAGAAUAAGCUUCACCUUCCCAGUUCUGAUGGUUGUGGCUCAUUAGGAAUGAAAAUCGACACUGAAUACUUGCCAGCUCCGGAGAUGGCACGUUGUUGUGAUGCUCAUGAUAUUUGCUAUGAUACAUGCAACAGCGACAAAGAACUUUGUGAUCUUGAAUUCAAGCGAUGUCUUUAUAAGUAUUGUGAUACUUUUGAGAAAGGAUCGGCUGCAGAUAUCGUCAUGAAAGGAUGCAAAGCUGCAGCUAAAAUGCUCUUCACAGGAACAAUGACUUUAGGCUGUAAAUCAUAUCUUGAUUCACAACAAAGAGCCUGUUAUUGUCCACCUACAUCAAAAUCUGGAAAAGAUCGUGACAAAUACAGUGGAAAGAAACCAAAAGAUAAAAAGAAUUGGCGUUCCAAUGAUGAAAUUUAAAUUCGAAUAACUUUCUUGUGUUUGUUGUGAUUUUUCUUUCUAAUGACUAAUAAAUCUUGUAGGAAUUUUGUAUUGCUUUAAUAAAUUGUUUUUGUACUAAUAAG